UUCAUACAAAGGAAAACAACAAUAUCCUUGUGAUAUAUAUGACAAAUUAUUCUCUCAUAAUGAAUAAUUUAACUAAAUCUAAAAACCCUGGUACAAAAAAAACCCCAUAUUCCUGUGAUGUCUGUGGAAAAUCAUUCUCUCAAAAAAGUAACUUGACUGUACACAAACGUAUUCAUACAGGAGAGAAGCCAUAUCAUUGUGAUGUCUGUGGAAAAUCAUUCUCUCAAAGUAACUUGACUGUUCACAGACGUAUUCAUACGGGUGAGAAGCCAUAUCAUUGUGAUGUCUGUGGGAAAUCAUUUUCUCGGAGAAGUCACUUGUCUGUUCACAAACAUACACAUACAGGAGAGAAACCAUGUCAUUGCGAUACCUGUGGUAAAUUAUUCUCUUGUAAUAGUCAGUUGACUACUCAUAGACGUAUUCAUACUGGUGAAAAACCAUAUCCCUGCGAUUUAUGUGGUAAAUCAUUUUCUCAAACUAAUGCUUUAACUAGACACAAACGUGUUCAUACAGGUGAGAAGCCAUAUCAUUGUGAUAUCUGUGGGAAAUCAUUCCCUUAUAACGGUAACUUGAUGAUUCACAAGCGUGUUCAUACUGGGGAAAAACCAUAUCACUGUGAUAUCUGUGGUAGAUCAUUUUCUGGAAGUAAUGACUUGACUAGACACCAGCGCAUUCAUACAGGAGAGAAACCAUAUCGUUGUGAUAUCUGUGGCAAAUCCUUUUCUCUAUAUAGCGCUUUAACUAGUCACAAAUAUAUACAUAUGGGAGAGAUGCCAUAUCAUUGUGAUAUCUGUGGUAAAUCAUUCUCUGGAAAUAGUCAGUUGACUAGUCACAGACGUAUUCACACAGGUGAGAAACCAUACUGCUGUGAUAUCUGUGGUAAAUCAUUUUCUGAAAAUAGCACUUUAACUAGACACAAGCGUAUUCAUACAGGUGAGAAGCCAUAUCAAUGUAUUAUCUGCGGUAAAUCAUUUUCUGGAAUUGGAAAUUUAACUCGUCACAAACGUAUUCAUACUGGGGAAAAACCAUAUCAGUGUGAUAUCUGUGGCAAAUCAUUUUCCGAAAGUAGCAGUGUAACUAGUCACAAGCGUAUUCAUACAGGAGAGAAGCCAUAUCAUUGUAAUAUCUGUGGUAAAUCAUUCACUGCAAACAGUGACUUGACUAAACACAAGCACGUUCAUACAGGAGAGAAGCCACAUCACUGUGAUAUCUGUGGUGGGUCAUUUUCUAAUGCCAUUUACAUGAAAAGGCACAAACAUAUUCAUAGAGCUGAGAAGCCAUAUCACUGUGAUACAUGUGGCAAAUCAUUCUCUAAAUGUAUUGUCUUAACUAAACACCAGCGUAUUCACACAGGAGAGAAACCAUACCAUUGUGAUAUCUGUGGUAAAUCAUUUUCUGAAAAUAGUAACUUGACUGAACAUAAACGUAUUCAUACUGGGGAAAAACCAUAUCACUGUGGUAUCUGUGGUAAAACAUUCUCUCAAAGUAAUGGCUUAACUAAACACAAGCGUGUUCACACAGGAGAGAAGCCAUAUCAGUGUGAUAUCUGUGGUAUAUCGUUCUCAAGAAAGGAUCUCUUAACAGUGCAUAAACGUAUUCAUACUGGAGAGAAGCCAUAUCACUGUGACAUUUGUGGUAAAUCAUUUUCUAAAAAUGACACUUUAACUAGUCACAAACGUAUUCAUACGGGUGAGAAACCAUAUCAUUGUAAUAUCUGUGGUAAAUCAUUUUCUGAAAAUAGCACUUUAACAAUUCAUAAACGCAUUCAUACAGGUGAGGAACCAUAUCAUUGUAAUAUCUGUGGUAAAUCAUUUUCUCAAAAUAGCACUUUAACUAGUCACAAAUAUACUCAUACAGGGGAGAAGCCAUACCAUUGUGACAUCUGUGGUAAAUCAUUCUCUUGUAGUAGCCACCUGUCUAAACAUAAACGUAUUCAUACAGGAGAGAAGUCAUCAUUGUAAUAUCUGUGGUAAAACAUUCUCACGUUCACACAGGAGAGAAAUUAUAUCCUUGAGAUAUCUGUGGUUAAUCAUCCUCUUAUAAUACUCACUUGACUAAUCAUAAACAUAUUCAUACUGGGGGAAAAACCACAUCACUGUGAUAUCUGUGGUGAAUAAUUCUUUCAAAAUGGCCACUUCAGUACACAUGUGAGUAUUCACACACAACUGUAACUGUACCAGUAUUGAAAUUUAUUACAACACGACAACAAUAACUUCUAUUUUUCUCUGCUAAAAGGCGUUUUUUUUUAUCUCUUCAAAUUUGAUGUUAUCAACUUCAAAUUCAUGAAUACGAACCUGAAUUCCGUGUAUUUAUGGAAAUAUAUCGACACAACAAAGCCUUUGAGGUGUCUUAACAAGACACCAGCAUAUUCAUACAGGGGAGAAGCCAUAUCAUUGCAAUAUCUGUGGUAAAUCAUUCUCAAAACAAUCCCACUUCAGUACACGUUUGUGUAUACAUGCACAAGUGUGACUAUAUAAGUAUUAAAAUUUGUUACAACAUGCCUAAAAUUACUUCUAGUUUUUCUGCAAAGAGACAGGGAUUUUUUUUAUCUCUUCAAAUUUCAUGGUAUCAACUUCAAUUUCAUCAAUGUCAACAUCAAAUUCAGCAAAGACUUUAAUUUCUGAAGAUGGUCAUGCUGGAGUUUUGAGGAAUUUGUUAUUAGAAAAUAAAGAAAUGGGAAUAAUGAAUAAAAACUGAAUUAAACUGAAA